CAAAAUUUUAAAACUGAUCGUGUUGCUACGUUGGAAGUAAAGUAUCUUUAAUUUUAAGAAAAUUUUCUGACUUCUGGCAAUUGAAUUUUACGUUUGAUUGACAUGUAUUCUGUAUUGUUCAAACAAGAACAAGCCCAUGAUGACAGUAUUUGGUGUUGUGCAUGGAGAAAAGGAACUGAUGGACUGAACCAUGUAGUAACUGGUGCUGUAGAUGAUUUAGUGAAAUCUUGGAAGUGGAAUGAAGAAACUUUGGAUCUAAGACAUGUAUUUGAAGGCCAUGCUUUAGGAGUGGUUUCUGUGGAUAUAAAUCAUGAAGGAACUGUUGCUGCUUCCAGUUCUUUAGACAGUCACAUAAGGUUAUGGGACUUACAGACUGGUCAACAAUUAAAAAGCAUUGAUGCUGGUCCAGUUGAUGCAUGGACUGUAACAUAUUCACCUGAUUCAAAGUACAUAGCAACAGGCAGUCAUUCUGGUAAAAUCAAUCUUUAUGGCUCUGAGAGUGGAAAACUGGAGUCUUCUCUUGAUACAACAGGGAAAUUCACUCUUAGUAUUGCUUUUAGUCCUGAUGGAAAAUAUUUAGCUAGUGGAGCUAUUGAUGGAAUUAUUAAAGUUUUUGAUAUUGCAACUGGAAAAAUGGUGCACACCUUGGAAGGUCAUGCUAUGCCCAUUAGAUCGUUGACUUUUUCCAAAGAUUCUAUGAUGUUGUUAACAGCCUCUGACGAUUGUCACAUCAAAAUGUAUAAUGUGCAACAUGCAAAUCCAAUCGGAACUCUGUCAGGACAUGGAUCAUGGGUCUUGCAUGUGGAUUGUUCUCCAGACAAUGCACACUUUGUCUCUUGUUCUUCUGACAAGACUGUGAAAGUGUGGGAAAUAGGCUCUAGGGAAUGUAUCCACACUUUUAAUGAACACUCUGAUCAAGUAUGGUGUGCCAAAUAUAACCACAAUGGUAGUAAAAUUGUUUCUGUAUCAGAUGAUAAAACAAUUGUGGUAUAUGAUUGUCCACCUUAAACUGUCUAUAAAUUUUUAAUAUGCAUGUCAUUUUUGUACAGUAAU